AUGGUGUCUGGCGCAGUCAUCCGCAGGGGCCACCCCGUCACCUUCAUCUUCGUCGCCGUCAUCAGCUUCAUCGUGGCAGUCAUUGCCAGCACUCUGACCACCAACUACAACAAUGAUGGGGGUCAGACUGCGCACCUGACUGGAAGUGUGAGGUACCUCACCUUUGUUGGCUGGUUCAACUUCCUCGCUGCGAUUGUCUUGGUGAGUGAAGUGCAAACAUUGGGCGGCGCAGGCUGCGGCCGUACUGCCGGAUGCAGUGAUCGACGCCGAUGCCCGAAACAUCAGGUCCGGCCACUGACAUCGUCUCGUUCCCUUGCGUCUUCCUGCUGUUGCACAGACUGUGCUCUUCCUCACAGGCAAGGGCGGCAUCCUCACCUCGGUGGCUGGGCACGCUAUCCUCGUCUUCUGGAUGUUCCUUUUCCAGCUGGCCGGAGCUGGCACCAUCACAGAUGCCCUUGGCGGAGCGGUGGACUGCUCUAGUACGGACGGCCUCAGGUACUGCAACUCUCUCGAAGCUCUGAUGGCCUUUUCAUGGAUCUCAACGUGAGUAGGCGCUUCGCACCCAAUGACCGUUGUCUUACACGCCUUUUUGCUCGCUGCUCUGUCAUCUAGGAUCGCGCUCUUCUUUGCGCUGAUCGUUAUCGGCAUUGUUGGCGCCGGUGCUAUUCGUGGUGGCAGAGGUACCAAGGAAACCCUUGGUGCCUAG